UUUGUCUGACAAAAACGGAAUUUGCUCAUUCGUUCUCAUUUUUGAAGAAGAUUUGUGGAAUUCGACGGCUUCAGCAAUGGUUGAGGAGGCGGCUUCGGCGUCGGAGGAGGCUUCGGUGACGGAGAUGGAGCAAACCCUAGCUGCGCCCGCGACAGAAAUCGAAACCCUAGAGGCUGCUCCCGGCUCAAUCGAGGCCACUGUCGAGUCGGUGGCUCACGGAGGCACUGAGUCGACUUGCAACGACGGCGGAAACAACAACAACAACAACAACGUCGCCGAGAGCGCCGCUGCUGCUGAUGUUCCUGACGAGGAGCGAGAGAAGACGCUCGAGUUCGCGGAGGAGCUGACCGAGAGAGGUUCGACGGCUUUGAAGGAGGAAGAUUUCGAUGAAGCCACAGAUUGCUUCAGCCGUGCGCUCGAGAUCAGGGUCAUGCACCAUGGUGAACUUGCUGUUGAAUGCAUGAACGCUUACUAUCAAUAUGGGCGUGCCCUGUUGCACAAGGCUCAAGCUGAAGCUGAUCCUCUGGGCAACAUGCCCAAGAAAGAAGAAUCCAGUAAAGAUGGUUCUGUUAAGAAUGCUGUGAAUGGUGAAUCUUCCGCCACAUCUUUCUUGAGUAAGGCUGACCAACAGGGGAAUUCUAAUGGUCAGGAAGGCACAGGUUCAGACGGAAAAGACCAAGAGGAAGAUGGGGAAGAUAGCAACGAUGAGGACCUGGGUGAUGUAGAUGAAGACGAGUCUGAUUUGGAUUUUGCUUGGAAAAUGCUUGACAUUGCAAGGGCAAUUGGUGAUAAAUAUUCUGCUGAUACUAUGGAAAAGGUGGACAUACUGUCCACACUUGCUGAAGUUUCCUUGGAGAGAGAGGACAUAGAAUCAUCCCUGAGCGACUACCAGAAGGCAUUAGCCAUCUUGGAACGACUGGUUGAGCCUGACAGUCGGCACCUAGCUGAAUUAAACUUCCGUAUCUGCUUGUGUCUAGAGACUGGAUCUAAGCCUCAGGAGGCAAUACCAUAUUGUCAGAAGGCUAUAUCAAUCUGCAAAGCACGGGUGGAGAGGCUCACCAACGAGGUCAAGAGUGUGUCAGGAUCGGCAGCAUCAUCAACCGUCUCAGAAGUAGACGAGGGCAUCCAACAGUCAUCCAAUUUAUCCUACAUCGAUAAAUCUGCCCCUGACAAGGAAGCUGAAAUCGGAAACCUAUCUGGGCUCGCAGAGGAACUAGAAAAGAAGCUUGAGGAUUUGCAGCAGCAUGCCCAGAACCCAAAAUCGAUCCUCUCAGAGCUGCUCGGAAAUAUGGUGUCAGCUAAGGCGAAUGCAGGCGAGAAGGCCGCUUCUGCUUCUGCUGCAAUGAGCUCCAGCCAAAUGGGGAAUGUGAACACCAACACCAGCCAAGGUUUAGACUCACCCACCAUUUCGACUGCUCACACGGGCGGUGGAGCAUCCGGUGGGGUCACUCAUCUCGGUGUGGUCGGGAGAGGAGUGAAGCGAGUAUUGAUGAACCCCACUACCUCUGCUGAAUCAAUCCCGGCUAAGAAACCGGCCCCUGAAUCUUCGGACAAAGCUGAUGGCAACUCCUCUUGAAGGUAAAAGAAAAGUUACAUAUCAAGGCCACAUGCCCUUAGGUUUCUUCUAUAUUUACUACUAGUUAACAGCAGAAAUUAGAAAAAAUCCGAAACCGAGCGUUGUGUUCAUCUUACUUGCUCUGGGACAAGACAGUAUCGUUAUCAUAGCCGGAGUUUUAACUUUCCCGUGAAUUAGGUUCAUAGAUGGAGGAGAGAGCUUCUUUAUAUCCUAUGCUGUUGUUCUAUAUGUGUGCUUUUCCAUUCAGACCGUGACUUGACUUGAAAGAGAGACUUGUUCCAUGAACUUUGCAACUC